AGCUAGGGUUUCAUUCCCUCCCUCUCUCUCUCUCCGAUUUUUUGGCGGCAGCCUCGAGCGAGUGAGCGAGAGAUCAGAGCGAAGAUGAAGACGAUCCUCUCCUCCCAAACAAUGGACAUCCCCGAGGGAGUCAAGGUUAAGGUCAACGCCAAGAUCUUCGAAGUCGAGGGGCCCCGCGGUAAGCUCACCCGCAACUUCAAGCACCUUAACCUAGACUUCCAGAUCCUCGACGGCGGCCGAAAGCUCCGGGUCGAGGCCUGGUUCGGAUCGAGGAAGACGAUGGCGGCGAUCAGGACCGCGAUCAGUCACGUGCAGAACCUCAUCACCGGGGUCACAAAGGGGUACCGGUAUAAGAUGAGGUUCGUUUACGCUCACUUUCCUAUCAAUGCGAGCAUUGGCGGUUCGAACUCGAGUAUCGAGAUCAGGAACUUUCUUGGCGAGAAAAAGGUGAGGAAAGUGGAUAUGCUUGAUGGUGUGACUAUCCUUCGUUCUGAGAAGGUCAAGGAUGAGCUUAUUCUUGAUGGCAAUGAUAUCGAGCUUGUCUCACGAUCUGCUGCUUUGAUAAAUCAGAAGUGCCAUGUGAAGAACAAGGACAUUAGGAAGUUUCUCGAUGGUAUUUAUGUCAGUGAGAAGGGCACAAUUGCUGAGGAGUAGUUAUCCGUAAGUUUGAUUUUGAUGAUUUCAGAUAUUUAGGGAAGGACCAUCCAUAUUUACUAUGCUAUAAAAUUCAUUGUUGGGUUUUUGUGUCAGAAUUCUGGCCCUCAGAUAUUUGUUAGCCUGUGGAUGAAGGACAGUUCUCAGAUAAGUUUUUUUGGAUGAUAGUAUGUGUUUUUGAAAUGUGAUUGUUUGUCCUAAUGCAUGUAGUAGUCGAUGCGCGAGAUGCCUACUAAGGUUGACAUAGGAUUUAUAUAUGAUUUUAUUGUUGAAGAUGACUUGAUUCA